UCUAGACCACGAGAGACUUUAUUGUCUAACUAGCUACGUAGCUAUAGAGAUAAAGACAAACUAAGGUCUAGAAAACUCGUUCAUUUUUACUCCCGAGCAGAGCGGACAUUCUGGAUCGAGUGACGAUGAAGACACUUUCCACUAUUAGCGUUCUUCUUUUCCUUCAUCAGGUUUUCUUCAACUUGACUAUUGCGACACAAAUGGGCAACGCGUCUAGUUGGAUGUAUUUCGGUGCUGGGGUCGAGGAAGUAACUUUCACAGAUGGGCAAAUGCGUCUAGCUGCUGUGUGUAACGACAGUCAUGGGGUACAAAAUGGUGAGUGUUGCUCGAUAUCUGGCUACAUUCGGAUUAAUCCAAGGAAGGGUUAUGAGUUCAGCAUCUACAUCAAAUCGACGACUCUAUAUAAUGUACAGCAUGUAGCAGCUAAGCUGACGUUCACUCAUGUUGUGUCUGGUGUAACUGAUUAAACUUUUAAUUAAAGAAAAUCUACAAAAAUCUACAGUCAUCUGACAUGGUAAACUCACUUGGUUUCUACGUUUACAAUGAGAACAAAGAAAGAAUAUUGAAUCCUAACUUGAAUGAUCCAUAUUUCAAAAACAGUGGCAAUGAUUCAAAUGUGUGGACCAAAUGGACGGGCUACAUUCUUCCUCUCUACAUGUCUGACUCGAACAGUAACAGCCAAGCGGACUCUCAGUUUGAUGAGACAAAUGGAGUAGAUUGGAAGUGGCCACGUUUUGCUAAAUAUGUGGCCCUAAGAAUUGGAUCGUGUGGUAGUGACAGUGAAAACUCAGAAACGGUCAUUGUUCGUAGGUCCGUUGAACUUGAUUCGUUUGAGCCACCUUUGGGUUCAACGGUUGUCGAUCCUGCAAAAAGUGUAGAUUCCCUACUUCACAGUAUUGCUAACGCUGCUUCUACAGAUCGAACUACUAUUGUACCUCCUACUGCAUCAUCUACUGAACCAGCUGUAGGCAAAACAUGGUACUUGAAUCUCAGCUUUCGCGAAUUCGAGACUCCACUGCGUCCUGGACAUGUUGGUGCUUGGACCUUUAACAUAUCUGAUUUUCGUGAAUGGGAAUCGAAGCCAAAUAACACUGGUAAAGGAUAUGUAAACGCACAAAUUACUCCUUUAGCCUUGAUGGUUGAGGGGGAAAAGACAAAAUGUUAUUAUCCGUGGGGCAUUACACAUCGUUUUGAGAUUGAUUCAAACAAAUUAUAUGAGUUUAGUGUUUGGAUCUGGAGCACACAAACCGAUCUUCACAACUUUCUUGGUUUUCGAGCGUAUGACAGAGACGAAAAUCUUCUGACCUUCCCAUUACUUGCUAGUGACUUCUGGCAGUAUUACUCUCACAACACAACUAGACCAUAUUUCAAACGAAGCAACAAUGAUGUAGAAGAGUGGACAAGAUGGAAUGGAUUUGUACUUCCAGAUGGAGCUGAUGACUUAUUGAGCAAAGGAAGAAACUGGAAAUGGCCACAAGGUGCCAAAUAUGCGCAGUUGAGGUUUGGCACUUGCUAUGGCGACGGAGACAACCAAGGAAUCACCUAUUUUGCUCUUCCUCAAGUGGAGCAUAUUGACUGAUUCACAGUCGUAAACUUAUGUCGUGUACUUGUGUUUGCUCAGACGAAUUUAACAACAAGGAAUAUUUGUUAGAGCGUUACCAUGGAAGCACCUUUCAUUCCUACUACUGUACUAGUAUCUAUACAGUAAGUUACAAGACUCUCAUUUUGAUUGCACUACUAGAGUUGUAGCGUGCACGUGACAUAGUAAGUUUUCAAACCAAACCAAAUCUAGAAAUCGUGUUUCGUGUGACUUUGCUGUCUAUAGAAUUAUUAGUAAUUCGCUAGAUUAGUUACACUUAGGUAGUAAUCAAAACAUUUGA